AUGCCCAAUCUAAGAGGGCCUAAUGAAAACAAGAGAAGACUGUAUGCUCAGGUUGUUCUUUCCAUUUUCUUAUAUGGUGCCCCUGUGUGGAACGAGGCUUUCGUUGCUUCUAGGAGUUCUCAAAUAACAAUUAAUAGAGUUUUGCGUACUUUGGCCAUCCGCGUUAUUGCGGGAUACCGCACGAUCUCGUUAGAUGCAGCCCUCCUUCUCGCUAGAAUCCCCCCGACAUAUCUUCUAGCUAAUACCAGACGGAGAGUAUACGAUCGAACGAAAGAUCUCAGAAACAGCAACAGAUGGUCUAAAAAGGCCGAGUUGGAGAUUAAAAUGGACGAGGACUUGCUCCUCCGCCGCCAAUGGGAAGUGUACUGCGAAAACCCCAACCUGGCUGGCGCACGAACUAGAGAAGCGAUUCUUCCCCACUUCCAGGAGUGGAUAAGCAGGAAGCACGGAAGCUCCUUGUUAAGAACUACCCAGUUGCUCACCGGUCACGGCUGCUUUGGAACUUAUCUCUACAGGAUUGGCAAGGCCUUGAUGCCCUACUGCGAGCAUUGCAACGUACAAAAUGUCGAAGAUUCUCCCGAACACACACUGAGAGACUGUACGGCAUGGGAAGAGAACAGAAAUAAACUUUGCGAGAGCCUAGAAGUGAAUGUUGACACGCUCACCUUGGAGAAAAUAAUCCAGCUGGUUCUCUGUUCCAAGGAGAAAUGGGAGGCUUUCGCUGAAUUUGCGAACGUGGUUAUGCUUCGAAAAGAAGUUGUCGAGAGAGCUAGACAGGAAGAGGAGGCCAGGAGAGUAAACAACACUCUUCUUGAUGGGUCAGGUUCCGAGGACUCCUGA